AUGUCAAACCAGAGAGCGGUUGGAAGAGGAAACACUCCGUUGACCACGACUGCUUCUGCAUAUUACAGCAAUACUGCAACAUCAUCAUCAUUUACUGGGAACAUGAUUAUGAACAACUCAAAUACAGAACAACCACAGUCCGAUCGGCACACACCAAGUAGUCAUCAUUUUCAUAACAAUAGUAAUAACAAUAAUUUCCUUUAUCAAAAUGUUGCUUCUGCUCCUCCAGCUACUCUCAUGCAAACAUCUUCCAACUCCUCUUCAUUUUCUUCGCUUCCAAGUAAUAAUAAUUUGUAUCCUUCUGUACCUUCAUCCUCUGUAAAUAGUAGCAACUCAUCUUCCUCAUUGUAUCCCACUCUUCCAAAACCGCAACCUGCUUCAUCACUGUAUUCGAGAAUACCAACCGAUCAGCCAAUAAUUAACCAGCAAUUAUAUAACAUUCCUUCGCAAAAACAGUCAAAGUAUCCUUCAUCUCUACCGAUCGGGAAUUCUUCUAGUAAUAGCAAUAAUAGCAAUUUUAAUAAUAGCUAUAAUGGUAAUAGCUCGAACCAUCAGACCAUUCAAAAGAAAAAGAAGAAGCACCAACAACAGGAAUCCUCAGCAAAAAUUAUCUACGACUCGUCUGCGCAACUGAUUUCUGGAAUAUCAAAUUAUGUGAAGAGUAUUCCAUGGAGUAAUUUGGCCAAGCAAUUUAACGAAAAUAUUUUGCAGCCCUAUGUUUCUUCGAUUGGAAAUGGAAUUGCUUCGAUUUCGAAUGGCGACAUGAGCGCUACCCCAUCUGCCAAUGGUCUUUUAACCCCUUACUUUUCUAAUUUAGGCGAACUUAUUUCUUGUGAGCUCAUGUUCUUACCAGUAGUUUUUGAACAGAAAGGAUCCACAACCUCAACAACAGAUGAACGAUUAUUCAUGGUAUUGGCAUUUUCGAAUGGAUUUCAAAUUUUUGAUAUUCACGAGCCAAAUAAUGUGAGAGAAAUAAUUACAAAAACGUGUGAUGAUUGGGUAACCACCAUUUCGUAUCAAGUUGAUGAAAACGCCAAUGCUGGUACUGAGCCUGAAAAAAUAGAACAUGUACAGAUGGAACCAAUACCGUUGACUGCGCCGUUACACAACACAUCAGAAGAUAGUAACAGCUCAGAUCAUGAGGAAAAUGACAACAUUCAAUCAACUGUGGAAAAAUCUGUUGCCUCAAAUGACGAACAUAUCAACCAUGAAACUUCUUCAUUUGAUUUCGACUACGUAAAAACUGAAAAUCAUUCCAAAAAUGUAAAUAAGAAACAAUCUUUCGAUAUGGAUGAAUGGUACGAACAACUUGCAAAUAGAUAUGAAAACGAAGAUAAUAAUCUACUGGAAAGCAAAAAUCUUCCGCAGACAGAAUCUUCAAAUUUAUACAAUGGAGCAUCAUUUGUGCCAACUGCAUUACCUCCUAAAGAGUUAAUUCUUGAGGAAGAUCAUCAUAAUUUGCCAAUUCCUAUGCCUCAUCCUGUCAGUGAGCCUGUGAUUACAUAUACUCCUGUUCAACUUCCACCAUCAAGAGGUCCUGUUAAAAUGGUAAUGCUACUUACCAAGCCCUCUGACAAGGCAAUCAAGAGAUCGGAAAAAAGAGCCAAGCUGUCCAACAACAAUGCAUCGUGGCUAAACUACUAUCCAAUGGUGUCACUAGUUGUGGAGUCAGAACCAGAUACUGUGCAUUUUUACUCACUCAAGUAUCAUUGCUUCUUAGAUGAUCACAUCUCAAUAACGUGCAGAAAUGAGAAUGUAGAACUACCACCAACUAUAUUCCAAAUCUUACCCUCUGAAGAGGCCUUUAUUAUAACAGACUCAUCAGGACAAAUAUAUUUCUAUGAUCCGUGUACAUUUGAACUUGUUUCGCAAGCCAUUUGCUUUCCAUCAAUCACUUGCCUGCAGCCUGCAAGUAAAAGGCAAACAACAGCAGAGAGCGAAUCAAAGAAAAAGAAGUCUCAACAAAACAACAAAACCUAUGAACGCUUGUAUGGUGGAGUGAUUGCAGCCCGCAAGAGAUUUGUUGCGUUUGCUAGUAAUACAGAAGUGCUGAACCCGGUCUUGGAUUUCACAACUAAGGUAAAUUCGACCUUUACCGAAAAAUCAUGGGAAGUAGCAAAGAAAGCAGCAACAGGAAUUUACAAACUUGGAGAUUAUGGAUUUAAAAAGGCAUCCAAGUAUUGGUUCGAAGGCAACAAUGGAAAGAAAAAUCAUAACUCUGAUAGCUCUGAUACUGACAGCAAUGAUAGUUCAUCAAAAGAUAGUACGGAUGAAGAUGAAGAAAAUGAGGAAGAAGUUUCACUCAGCACUCUUUGGAGCGGAGAUUUGCCUCCAGAAUUGGCUGGAUAUGAGAAAACUGUUGGAACUGUUGAAGUUCGAGAUCUUAAAACAAAUAAGGUUUUACUUCACUUUAGAGCUCACAAUGAGCCAAUAGCUGCUAUGGCAUUUGAUAGAACGGGUACUCUUCUUUGCACAGCUCCAUUGUCAGGAAAGUAUUUAAAUGUUUUCCAAAUAUUGCCGGACAGUGGUGGAGACAUGUUAGCUGGAGAGAGAAAUAUCAAACUUCUUUACAGGCUUUAUCGUGGAUUUACAACAGCUCAUAUACAAGAUAUACAUUUCAGCGUGAACAGCAAAUGGGUAGCUGCAUGCUCAGCAAGAGGAACGAUUCACAUUUAUGCUAUUAAUCCUACAGGCGGGAUUGUCGACCCAAGAUUUCAUUUCAAUGGAGAGCAACACAUUCAAUCAAACGGUCCUAGUGAAGGCAUUGUUUUGAACGUUGUUGCAAGAAUUCAUGAUCCAACCUCUGGUGCAAGGAAAAACUUAUUGGGAAAAAGCUUUAUUCAUACACGAUCGGUUUUUCAAAUUUAUACUCUUUCAGAAUUCAAAACAUUCAAUAGACUGAACGGCAAUGAUGAAAAUUUAGAAAGCUACUGGGAUCAUCAGAAUAUCAAUAACGAGAAUAUUUUAGUUACGUUAAACAGUGGAAUUUUGAGUUACUAUGUGUUGAAGCCGCAGUUAAAGAAAAAAGAAAAGGCUACUGACAACCUCAGCAAAACUACUAUCGGCACUGCCUCCUCUGGAGUUUCUGUGGUGUCACAUGUGGACAGAGCUCCGAUAUCAGCAGAAGAUUUUGAACUUAAUCUUUCAGUGGAGUUAUUAGCACGGUUUGACAUUUUUCUUCCUGAGGUGGAUUCAAAUGAUUUGCAAGACUCACCAACCUCUGUGCCAAAUGUCGUACGAAAUCAAUUUGACUUCAAUAGGAUUCAACAAAGCAUUUCUUGGACGUCCCUGUAUGGAACAGUAUUGGACAAAAUUGAACCAACUCCUGUUUCUAGGUUUGUUGAUGAGAAACAAGACACCCUCUCUAAAUGGAUAUCUAAUGUGGAGCUCGAAACAUAUGCUCAACCACUAAAUCCUUUGUGGGCAACUGGACAUUUUAAAUUUCGAACCAUCAAGCCAAACGCAACUUCUACAAUUGACAAUAAGGAAAACGCGGCUUUUGAUAUAACUGAGAACGGAUAUAAUCAAAUUAAUGAUAUAAGCAAGAGCUUAAUGAUCAAAGUCUCUGAUCCAAUUCCAAUUCAUAAGUUCGACAGUGAAAAUGAGAAUAACAUUCCAAAGCAAGAGAUUAUUGAUUCGAAAACAAUCCUGAAGGCCAUUUCCACACCCAUGUCUGCUCCUAUUGAAUCGACACAAGUUAAUGUAAUGCAAGCACCUAACACGUUGGUUUUGAAGAAAAACAAUUCCCCAAAGGUUUCACCAAGAAAAUCACCAAAUAUUUCGAAUUUAGAGGAAAGACAUUCUUCUAUUGCAAACGACAUUGAUAGUGAAGACGAAGUUGAAGAAGUUUCUUCACAUGAAGAGGAGACAGUUGAAAGUCCUCCUCAAAAUUUUCCAACAUCUAGCAUAUUUGGAUUGAGUAAUGUUCCAGCACAAACUCGAGCAACACAGCCACUCCGUAGCAAUAAGGAUUUGCGAGAAGACAAUUUAUUAUACUUCUCUCAUAUGGAUAACUACUUUGACAAUGCAAAAAACAAAACACCUCCAACCCUUCUUCCAAGCUCGGCUAAUAGCUCUUCGGGAAAUGAAAACCAACCAAUGACGGAGAACUUUAGUCUUUCGUCAUCUAUUCAUCAAGAUUAUUUCAACGAUGAAGAUGAACCCAAACGAAAGAGCUCUGAACUUGAGCUUCGAAAGCAAUUUCUUCACAAUAUUAAUCUGAGGGAAUCCAUUAAUGUCAACCAUCUUCAAGAUUCUGACGACGAGGAAGAAGAAGAAGUGGAUGAUUAUUUUCGUCAAAUGUAA